AAGAAAGGAGGGGAGAAGGGAGGGAGCAAAGACACUGCACUGCCCCAACCAAGAACAAUUUGAAAACCCACCCCAUCAUACUUAAAAUCUAGGACAAAGAGUCGUCAGGACGGAACUGCUUCGACUGCAAAGCUUCAAGCGCAGCCUGGGAGCGGCCUGGUGGCCCCAUCCCGGCAGCUCCACAGAGCAGAGCGCCCUGGGUCCCUGAAACUCGAAACCCCGGCGCAGAACCGGCGGAAAUCAAAGUGAAAUCCUUGAACUUCUCUGGACAAUUGCUUCCGGGCGUUUGCAGAGAGCCGGGGGACCUGACUGGAGCCCAGGUCCCGUAUGGCGCGCCCCUGAUGUCUCACAGACGCCAGCGAGGCCAGCGCUCCGGCUGCAGCAUGGACCGCGCGGGGCGCCUGGGAGCGGGCCUGCGGGGACUCUGCGUGGCUGCACUCGUGCUCGUGUGCGCCGGACACGGGGGCAGCCGCGAGGACGGGGGACCAGCUUGCUACGGGGGAUUCGACCUCUACUUCAUCCUGGACAAGUCAGGAAGUGUGCUGCACCACUGGAAUGAAAUCUACUACUUCGUGGAGCAGCUGGCUCAUAGGUUCAUCAGCCCACAGCUAAGGAUGUCCUUCAUUGUCUUCUCUACUCGAGGGACAACUUUAAUGAAACUAACUGAGGACAGGGAACAGAUCCGACAAGGCCUAGAAGAGCUCCAGAAAGUUCUGCCAGGAGGAGACACUUACAUGCAUGAAGGAUUUGAGAGGGCCAGUGAGCAGAUUUACUAUGAAAACAGACAAGGAUACAGGACAGCGAGUGUCAUCAUCGCGCUGACGGAUGGGGAGCUGCAUGAGGACCUCUUCUUCUAUUCAGAGAGGGAGGCUAACAGAUCCCGUGAUCUUGGGGCGAUCGUUUACUGUGUUGGCGUGAAGGAUUUCAAUGAAACGCAGUUGGCUCGGAUUGCAGACAGCAAGGACCACGUGUUUCCUGUGAAUGACGGCUUCCAGGCCCUUCAAGGAAUUAUCCACUCAAUUUUAAAGAAAUCCUGCAUCGAAAUUCUAGCAGCUGAACCAUCCACCAUCUGCGCAGGAGAGUCCUUUCAAGUGGUUGUAAGAGGAAAUGGCUUCCGACAUGCCCGCAAUGUGGACAGGGUCCUCUGCAGCUUCAAAAUCAAUGAUUCAGUCACACUCAAUGAGAAGCCCUUUGCUGUGGAAGAUACUUACUUGCUGUGCCCAGCACCAAUCUUAAAUGAAGUUGGCAUGAAAGCUGCGCUGCAGGUCAGCAUGAAUGAUGGCCUGUCCUUCAUCUCCAGUUCCGUCAUCAUCACCACCACACACUGUUCAGACGGCUCCAUCCUGGCGAUUGCACUGCUGAUCCUCUUCCUGUUGCUGGCCCUGGCACUGCUCUGGUGGUUCUGGCCUCUCUGCUGCACUGUGAUCAUCAAGGAGGUCCCUCCACCCCCUGUUGAGGAGAGUGAGGAAGAAGACGAUGAUGGUUUGCCGAAGAAGAAAUGGCCCACAGUAGAUGCCUCUUACUACGGUGGACGCGGCGUUGGAGGCAUUAAAAGAAUGGAGGUUCGCUGGGGAGAAAAGGGCUCCACAGAAGAAGGGGCGAAGUUAGAAAAAGCAAAGAAUGCCAGAGUCAAGAUGCCAGAGCAAGAGUAUGAGUUCCCAGAGCCCCGGAACCUCAACAACAACACGCGCCGGCCUUCCUCCCCUCGGAAGUGGUACUCACCCAUCAAGGGAAAACUUGAUGCCUUGUGGGUUCUGCUGAGGAAAGGAUAUGAUCGAGUGUCUGUGAUGAGGCCACAGCCGGGAGACACGGGACGCUGUAUCAACUUCACCAGAGUGAAGAACAGUCAGCCAGCCAAGUAUCCCCUCAACAACACCUACCACCCCAGCUCCUCACCUCCUGCGCCUAUCUACACACCCCCACCCCCUGCUCCCCACUGCCCUCCCCCAGCCCCCAGUGCCCCCACUCCUCCCAUCCCUUCCCCACCAUCCACUCUCCCCCCUCCUCCUCAGGCCCCACCCCCUAACAGGGCACCGCCCCCCUCCCGACCUCCUCCAAGGCCUUCUGUCUAGAACCCAAAAUCCGAGCUCUGGGCUGCCUGAGCAACUCCAGCAGGAGGCUCCUCUGCUGACAGAAAGAUCUGCCCAGCCUACGUGGUGAGCGACGGCUGAUGUUUGCACGAUUUAAAAGCAAGUCGUGAUGGGCAGAACAAAAUGGGAAUUUUGAACUGCCUGAAGACAGACAAUGAGACAAUGACAGUCACAUUAUAGCCUGUGACCCCUCACCUCUCGAGGAAGGUUCCAGAGAUGGCCACACUGCCAUGGUGCUCUCAGCCAGAUUAUGUCCCAUGGAGACCAGGGAGAAAGUGAUUUCUGAGAAUGGAAUGCAGCAUUGGAUAAGAAACACCCUGACUGAGAUUCUGAAUGCCACCUCACUGAUCUGACUCUUGACCCUUGGACUGGGAACCAGGCCAUCCUUACCCCUGGGUACCACCCAGCAACUCUGGAAAUGUGUGGUGUCCCUAGUAUGCAUCAAAUAGGUAUCCAACUAGGAUCUGCAGGUUCCCUUAUAUAAGAAUAUAUGCUCUAUUCUCUUUCCCAAAUUUCCUGGUUUCCCAGUGAAGAGAGAAGGGGAAAGGUGCUGUCAUGCUUAGAAGUGGAGGAAGUCAGUGCUUAGCACUGAUGAAAAACUGUUGAUGGGAGCUUCCAGCUGGUACAUCUAGAAAUGGCUGGCUUCAGCCAGGCUUAGGUCCUAAAACAACAAGCCUUGUCAUUGUCAAAGGCAACCUGCUACUGAUUCACUUUAAACAUCAAGGUUGGUUAUAGCAUAGAUUAAACCUGAUCACCCAGAACCUUCCACAUGAGACCACAAGGUCCUUCAUCUCCAGUACACCAGAGAUUUCUAAAUCCAGCUAAGAGACAGCAGUCCUGUCUUGGUAAGAAAACCAUUUCCAGUUGAUUUACUUUGAAGCAGGCCAUUGUAUGUACAGUAUAGCUCCCCUUGGCCUUUCACCCUGCUCACAAAAUUUACCAGUUAUGAAACAAGGAGAAAUACAUCCAUUGUGUAACACAAAAACUCUGUCUGAGACCUCACCCCACUCCUCCACAUUAUUCUGAAGCUGCUUGAUCAGCGAGCCCUUUAACCUCAUGUAAACCCUGGACACUGUCACCCAACCAUGAAAACAGAGGUCAUUGUCAAAGGCAGUGUACAGCCCAUCCAAAGUGAUGUUUCCUUCCUCAGUUUUCCACAGGUCCCAAAAUUCCUGUCUCAGGCUCCAAAACCUCUAAAUUCUUCCCUGCAACAAAUGGUUUAAAAUGAGCCUAAGUUUUUAUGCUUUUUGCUGUGAUUUCCAAAGAUCCUUCAAGAACUCAAGUUAGCCUCAUUCUUUCAGCUUGUUUAGAACAGAGGCAUCCAGGUGUGGUGCACUCCAUAGACACCAAUCCUUGUUCCCAAGGCAGACAUUAUUAAUCAAUCUCAGCACUAGUUCUCAAUUUAAUCCAAUUAUAUUUUCCCACAGUACUUCACAUCUCUUUUGACCUGUCAGUCAUCAGUUAGAAUUGAGAGAGGUAAACACUAUUUGUAAUCCCUACCUUAGAAAGAAAAGCAGAGGAGAGUGGGGAAACCACCAGCAUAAAAAGUAUUGUCUGGGGAAAAUCAACCUGGAAGAACACCCAAGUCCAAGACCUGUGGUGCUGACACCUAAGUAACACUUUCCCAAGUAUACCCCAGACCUCACCCUUCUCCCUGUGGCUGCCACUCCCUGCUUUUCAGGAGUUAUGAAAAAGAUCUCCCUCACCCUUACUGUGCCCCCACACUAUCCUCUUGUAGAACAAGGCUUGUUUAAUGUAGUCCCUUGUUAAACAGGGGCCAGAAUGUCUCAGCCACCUGAGGUGACAUUGCUGAGCCCAGAAAACCAUUCCAAAGAGAAUGGGCUCCCCAGGCUCAAAGGAUGCAGACCAUGAGCCCAUGGUGACUGUUUUGACUGCUGGCAGUACAAAACAGCCCCCCCCCCACUCCUGCUGCACGAUUUGUGUAGCCAUCAGAAAGUAGGAACCAAGAUGCUGGCAUUGCUGUUCUAUAAGCGUGGGCUCCCGGGAAGGCAGCAGACUCCAAGAGCAGGCUACCCUGUGCCUUGUGCAGUGUCCCAAGAGGCCGUGGUAAAGUGUCUGAGGAAAAAUGAAUGCUGAUACAUGGCGAUUCUGAGAAGAAUUUGCAAGGUUUGACCUUAGAAUUGACUGAAUGUCCUCCCUAGUCAUUCAGAAUUAUGGUUAGAAGUUUCUAGAAACUGUCAAGGUUACUACCUUUCAUAGUAGGUUACUACAGGCAGGAAAAGCCUUGACAUGGUUUACAAAGUCCAUGGGUUCUGUGUCAUUCCCUGUAAGCAACAGAGAUGGUGAUUGUAAUUAGCAAACUGCAUGUGUUAUUUGUUUGACCCCUUGUUAUUGUCCUUACGGAGGUUUUCCUUUUUUAUACAAGCCAAAUUUUGUUGUAUAUAUUCAUAUUCCACGUGACAGAUGGAAGCACGUCCUAUCAGUGUGAAUAAAAAGAACAGUUGUAGUAAAUUAUUAAAGCCGGUGAUAUUUCAUGGCAGGUUACCCUACCAAGCUGUGCUUGUUGAUCUCCCAUGACCAUUCUGCUUUUACAAUGUACAAAUAGUUACUGAGUGACGACACCCUCCUUUACUCAACGCCAAGGACAGCCUUGCUGAGAACUGCAGUCCUUCUGCUGUGACAGCCAGCUCAGAGACAGAUCCUGCCUGGAGCUUGGCACACACUUUUGGGAGACAUAAGAGCUGUCUUUCCCCAGCAUCAGGGACAAAGCUACCAUAAACAAGUGGGAAAGUCUUGGCUCUCCAGCCUGGGACAGGGGUCUCGCUGGAAGCCCAAGGAGAAGCGGAUAUGAUCCUCACUUGCCACUUGCACACAAUAUGAUGGUGGAAAAUCCAUCAAAGAAUUAUCGUGAGAGAACGGCCAACAGUUCAGGAGCAAAAGGGAUUCAUGCUGUGUAAAGUGGGUGGAAUUUGUUUGCAAGCUAUGCAAAACCUGUUCGUACUCACCAGGCGGAUGGAAAGGUUUUUUAGUUAUCUGAGCUCAGCUGCGUUAUCACGCUUGAAGAACCGAUUUAAAAGAAUUAGAAUAUGAUUUCUGAAUACACAUAACAUUAAACUCUUCUCUCUUUCUAUCGCAAUUUAGUUACGGAUGUUCAGCAUCUCUGAGUUAUUGUUAUAAAAGGCUUGUCAUCACCGCACUGUGCUCUAGGAGACUGGGCUGAACCUGUACAAUGGUAUACCCUGGAAGUUGCUUUUUUAAAAAAAUAAUGAUAAUAAAUACCUAAAAUCAG